AUGGACAAUCAUUCCCUUGUACCGUGUGGUUUCCACUUCAAACCCACCGAUCAAGAACUCAUCCAUUGCUUCCUCCGCAACUUUCUGAUGGACAGACAGCCGCUACUGCUGCCGCCAUACAACACCAUCAUACACGAGUGCAAUCUCUUUGGCAACAGAUCCGAACCCUCUGAGAUAUGGGAAGCCUAUGAAGGAGGAGCUCAGCGCGCCGAUCAAGCCUUGUAUUUCUUCUCCGAACUCAAGAAAUUAAACCCCAUGGGUUCCCACAUUGAUCGAAAGAUUGGAAGCGGAGGUACUUGGAAUAUUGGCAAGGCAGUUGCCACAUGGGUUAAUGGGACAGACGGAAACCCUUCGCCCAUUGGACUAAAGAGAACCUUCUGCUACAAGAAUGAAGGCUCGGAGGACAACGGCAGAUGGUUACUUGACGACUUCCUGUUGUGA